AUGCUUGACAUCUGGUUAACAGAUAAUAAAACCAAUAAAUGGAGUGAGGGACUUAAAUUCAUUCAAUUUAUGAAAAAUAGAAGUUUAUUAUAUCACGGAAUUAAGUGUUCUCCUUAUGAGGCUAUAUUUGGUACCCGAGCAAAAAUAGGCUUUAAAUCUACUACUCUACUAGAAAGUAUUAUACAUAAGCUUAAGACUAAUGAUGAUUUAGAAACCACGCUGAAUUCUAUUAAUACCAAUCAUGAAAAAAAAACUGAGAUACAACCUAAAGAAAAAUCUGUUGAUACAUCUGCUGAAGAAAAUAUUGAUGUUAACGAAGAACGAUCUGAUAUUAUUAUACAAUCAAGACAGGAGACUAACAUAGAAAAAAGAAGCGAAUCAUUGCAUAAUUUAAAAGUCCAAUCCUCAAAAAUGAAGACUAACUCUGAAAAUCAACUUCGUGAAGGAAAAAUUGGCCUAAGUAUUAAAAUUAGAAUACCUGAUGUUGAUAAAGCAUGGAGUGAUCUGUGA